CCAGGUGCCGCUGGGUAGGGACGUGCUGCCGAGCGCUGCGGGGCACGGACGGAGCGCCCGGACAUCCGAGACGAGUGUGACGCACCCUGAUGAACGUGGCAAACGGAGCCUGGCACGGAGGCUUGUCGGUAAAUCGUGAAGGGAACUGAGACGCGGUCUGUGGGACAGUCUAAUCUCAGGCCGGGAGGAGAGCUGGAAACCGCUGGACCCGCUCAGGACUGCCAGACACCUCGUGACCUGAACAAAGCCUGCAGAGAGUAGCUUUCAAGAGCAGGAGAUUCAGCACAUCGAAAAGGACGGGAAUCAGAAGAGAAAAUGUGUGUGGUCACAAGCAGGAGACGCGGCGGCGGUUUCCAUACUGAAGCCUGGUUUCCAGUCCGUCGGCGCUGUCCACUGGUCCACUGGACGUUCGUCUGUCUGCUGGUGUGGCUCGCUCCCUACCUGGUCACCGCUCAGAGGUCAGACCAUGACACCGCCCUCCUGGACCCGCUACCCGCGCCGGUGUCGGCCCGGCUGGUACGAGCUCGGCCGGUGCAGGGUGGUAACAGCCUGCAGAACACUGCCGAACCGGGAGGUGCAGGGGUGGGAGAGCGAGCCGUGGAGGACCCACUGGAGGACCCCCUGCAGCAGCUGAACCUGGAGGAAGGCUCCGGUGGCGGCGAGGAGGACCCGGAGGAGGUGGUGAGUCAACAAUUUGAAGGACCUCGACGAGAACCAGGCACGUAUGGUGGCGAUGUGCAACUCAGCAUGGUUACAGUUUCACAACCAUGGUUCUUCAAGCGUAGAACCAGCGAAGAGCGCUGGCCUUCAUUGGUCUAUGGGCUGUCUGAUAGUACGCUGAUGAGCGUGUCUGUGUCCGCUGACGUGUGUCCGCUGACGUGUGUCCGCUGA